UCCUCUUAGCGCACUUUCAGCGUCGACCCCGUUGCUCGGGAAGUUUUUAGCGCGCAACGCGCGCUCCCUGACCGCCAGCCUAACGCGCAGUCUCGGCACGCGCGCGCCCCCGCACACCAGAUUGGCUGCACGGCGACUCCGCUCGGCAGGGACCCGCUGUCACCGCGGCGCAGGUGUCCCAGGAUGGCUGCGCCCGCCUGUCCACUCUUCUGUCUUGUCAUUGCUGGUCUCAUCUCCUUGGCUGACCCUUGACGUCUGACCAACUGAAACACGGAGCCGCAGCGAUGCACAUGGAUGGUCCACUCAGCCUAUGGACCGACCUGGCCGAGAUGGGUGACACUGAGGCCGUGGCAUCGGGGACACUCAGCGGGGAGUCAUCAGACCGCUACUGCCAGGUGGACCGUUGGCAGAGGCUGCGCACUGCCGUCAGGAAGCUCGAGUUCUGGGAGAACUUCAGCGCCAACCUGAUUGGAACGGGAUUCUUCUCCAGAGUGUACAAGGUGGUGCACAACAUGACUGGCAAGGCCAUGGUGGUGAAGAUCUACAAGAACGACGUGGACCAGGACACCAUCGUGCGCGAGAUCAGCCUGCUGCAGAAGCUCUCGCACCCCAACAUCGUCAGGUACCUCGGCGUCUGCGUCAAGGACGACAAGCUGUACCCGCUGCUCGAGUACGUCAGUGGCGGCUGCCUGGAGGAGCUUCUGGCCAACAAAGAUGUCCCGCUGUCCUGGAGGGAGAAGGUGCGCCUGGCGUGUGACGUCACUCGGGGGAUGAUUUACCUGCACGCCAAGAACAUCUACCACCGGGACCUCAACUCCAAGAACUGCCUGAUCCGGGUCACCUCGAGGGGCAGAGAGGCCCUGGUCACGGACUUCGGGCUGGCCAGAGAGGUGGUGGAGCUGCCAGUCAAGGACCCUGAGAGGAAGCUGUCCCUGGUGGGCUCGGCCUUCUGGAUGGCCCCCGAGAUGCUGCGUGGAGAGCCAUAUGACCGCAAGGUGGACGUUUUCUCCUUUGGGAUUGUCCUGUGUGAGAUCCUGGCACGCAUUCCUGCCGACCCGGAGGUACUCCCUAGGACCCAGGAUUACGGCCUGGACGUAGCGUCCUUCCAAGAGAUGGUGAGCGAGUGCCCAGAGAGUGUCCUUCGGCUGGCAGCCACUUGUUGCAGGGUUGAAGCCUUCAAAAGGCCGUCUUUCACGGAGAUCCUGGAGGAGCUGGAGGAGGCGGCAGAGCGCCUGGACCCUCUUGAUGCCGGUGGCAUGGACUGACGGGGCGACCGGCCAGAUGACCACACCACACCGCCACACCCGG